AUGUCUGAAGAAACUGAGGCAAAGGGCAGUUACAUAACUUUCAAGGCCAGCGCCAACCCGUUCGAAGUGAAAGUCAACAGGCAGAAGUUCCAGGUCCUGGGCAGAAAGACGCGCCACGACGUGGGGCUGCCUGGUGUGUCCCGCGCUCGGGCCCUCAGGAAGCGUACCCAGACUUUACUAAAGGAGUACAAAGAAAGGAAUAAGUCCAAUGUAUUUACUGAUAAACGUUUUGGGGAGUACAGUAGCAACAUAAGCCCAGAGGAAAAGAUGAUGAAGAGGUUUGCCCUGGAGCAGCAGCGACAUCAUGAGAAAAAAAGCAUUUACAACCUAAAUGAAGAUGAAGAAUUAACUCAUUAUGGCCAGUCUUUGGCAGACAUCGAAAAGCAUAAUGACAUAGUGGAUAGUGACAGUGAUGCUGAAGAACGAGGGACCUUGUCUGCUGAGCUGACUGCUGCCCACUUUGGAGGUGGCAGUGGACUCUUUCAUAAGAAGACCUCUCAACGGGAAGGGGGGGAGGGAGAAAAACCAAAAUCACGGAAAGAACUGAUCGAAGAGCUCAUUGCAAAGUCAAAACAAGAAAAGAGGGAGAGACAGGCUCAACGAGAAGAUGCCAUUGAGCUCACGGAGAAGCUAGACCAGGACUGGAAAGAAAUCCAGACUCUUCUGUCACGCAAAACUCCCAAGUCGGAGAACAGAGAUAAAAGGGAGAAACCCAAGCCCGAUGCAUAUGACAUGAUUGUUCGUGAGCUUGGCUUUGAGAUGAAGGCACAGCCCUCUAACAGGAUGAAAACAGAAGAGGAAUUAGCCAAAGAGGAACAGGAGCGGCUCAAGAAACUGGAGGCUGAAAGACUUCGGAGGAUGUGUGGAAAGGAUGCGGAUGAGAAUAUUGAGAAACCAAAACACAUGUCAGCAGAUGAUUUAAAUGAUGGCUUCGUACUUGAUAAAGACGAUAGGUGUUUGCUUUCUUACAAAGAUGGAAAGAUGAAUGUCGAGGACGACGUCCCAGAAGAGCAGAGCAGGGAAGCCAGUUAUGACGAGAGCGAAGAGGAAGGGGAUGAAGGAUCAUGCAGGGAGGAGCCCGAGGAGAGGGAUGGCACAGAUAGCCACUCAGACCUAGCAUCUGAUGGCGACAGUGAGGAAGGCAGCGAGAAGCCAGAGGACAGGCUGCACCAGACUCCUGGGGAAGGACUGAGAAGUGAUGAUCAAAAAGCCGCUGGAACUGAGCUGCCCUAUACGUUCACAGCUCCCGAAUCCUAUGAGGAACUGAGAUCUUUAUUAUCAGGAAGAUCAAUGGAAGAGCAGCUUUUGGUGGUGGAGAGAAUUCAGAAAUGCCACCAUCCAAGUCUCGCAGUGGGAAACAAAGCAAAAUUAGAAAAGCUGUUUGGCUUUCUUUUGGAAUAUGUUGGAGAUCUGGCUGCACGUGAUCCACCAGACCUCAGAGUGAUUGAUAAGUUGGUUGUGCAGUUAUACAAUCUUUGCCAGAUGUUUCCUGAAUCUGCAAGUGACUCCAUAAAAUUUGUCCUGCGGGAUGCCAUGCACGAGAUGGCAGGAAUGGUCGAGACCAGAGGCCGGGCGGCGUUUCCAGGGUUAGACGUGCUCAUAUAUUUGAAAAUUACUGGGCUGCUGUUUCCAACCUCCGACUUCUGGCACCCAGUCGUGACGCCUGCCCUGGUGUGCAUGAGCCAGCUGCUCACUAAGUGCCCUAUCCUGUCCCUUCAAGAUGUGGUGAAGGGCCUGUUUGUGUGCUGCUUGUUCCUGGAGUACGUCUCUCUGUCUCAGAGGUUUAUACCUGAGCUUAUUAAUUUUCUUCUUGGGAUUCUUUAUAUAGCAACUCCAAACAAGCAAAGCCAAGGUUACACUCUGGUGCACCCUUUCAGAGCACUGGGGAAGAACUCCGAGUUGCUCUUGGUCUCUGACAAAAAAGAUAUGGCCACGUGGCAGAAGACAAGCCUGUCCCUCCGCUGGGCAAGUGGACUGAGAGCCUGGACUACAACAGAGGCCAAUCACAUCAGAUUGUCCUGCCUGGCUGUGUGUCUGGCCCUGCUGAAGCGCUGUGUGCUCAUGUACAGCACGUUGCCGUCCUUCCAUGCCAUCACCAGGCCCCUCCGAGCCCUCCUGACAGAACACCUGGCGGACUGUGGCCACCCCUGCGAGCUCCAGGAGCUGUCUCAAAGCAUACUGACAGAAAUGGAAGACCAGAAGCAGCUCUGCCGGCCGCUGGUCUGUGAGAAGAGCAAGCCCGUGCCGCUGAAGCUGUUCACCCCCCGCCUGGUCAAAGUCCUCGAGUUUGGAAGGAAACAAGGCAGCAGUAAAGAGGAACAGGAGAGGAAGAGGCUGAUCCACAAACACAAGCGCGAGUUUAAGGGUGCCGUCCGUGAAAUCCGCAGGGACAAUCAGUUCCUGGCUAGGAUGCAGCUCUCGGAAAUCAUGGAGCGGGACGCGGAGAGAAAGCGGAAAGUGAAGCAGCUUUGCAACAGCCUGGCGACGCAGGAAGGGGAGUGGAAGGCGCUGAAGAGGCGGCGGCACAGACGCUAGCCUGGCUGUGGGAGCGACGCGAGGGGACACUGCGCUGCAAGCAGUAGAGGACGCGGUAGCAUCAGCAUGGCUUUUCCUGUGCUCUAGUUCUGGUACAAUGUCUCUCCUGGUGAAAGACUCAGAAUGAAUUCUGCAACGCACCUUUGGAGUGAGGAACGAACGCACGAGGCUCUGUGCUAAUAAACUGUACGGAGCUGCUGGCUCAUCGUCUCCAGACCAGCCUCGGUUAGCUACUGCCAGGUUUGAGGAGAUUCUGGCCAGUGUCAUUUUUGGUCAGCUACGACAUUUGCCUUCAUGUAUAGAACUCAGGGUGAACAUGUGGAAAUUAUACUUUCAACUAGAAA